CAGAAAUAAAUGAUGUAGUACACAGUAGGUAGGGGACAGGAUCUAGCCAAUCACAGUGAGCAGUACGGUCCUUAAAUUUGCCCUAAGUGUGCAAGUGAUACUACUAGGUAUAUGGAUAUGUAGGGUGUAAGAACGGAUGUGGUAAUAUAGAGAACGUUCCAAUCACCACACCAAUCCUGAAGAUAUACGAAGCACUUCAAUCCUAUUUGUGCUAAGACCCCGAAAAUCAAAACUAACGCCAGAAAUCGAGGUCUGGCAAGCCAGUGGUCCAGUAAUUGGAGUGUGAUCGGAUGUGCAGAUGGGCGCGUAACUUGCACCAAUAGAGCCACAGAACGGGAGGAUCUCCAUCGCACUUCAACCUUCUCCAUGGUUGGCGCUUCACACUAUCACAUCCAAUCACUCAAUACCCAUCUUUCCAUAUGUCGCUCAUACCCCCCUUCUUCUUUCAGGAUGUGUGUCACUCAGUCUCUUUCUGUAAGGGAUUUGCGGUCUCCUUUGCGAUCCGCCAUUAUGUUUAAUAAAGAUACUUAAUCACUAGGUUUGUUAUCUGGGGCCCACGAACGAGCAAUGUUGCCGGUUCACAUAAUCCUUGCUGGUCUACUAUCUCCUGUGGUUACUGCUGGAUCAGUAUCCCAGGAACCGUCCAAUUUCCUGAUUUAUAUUCCGAACCUGAGCCGUCGGGCUGACGGUCACCCCACUACUUAUACCUUGGAUCAGUCUCUCCUCGCCAUCCAAAUCGGUGGGAUUGUAGGAGCGUACGUGAUCUUUGUCGCGAUCCUCCUAACAUUGCUCCUCUUUGUAGGGCGUCGUUUAAGAAGGACAGUGCAAUCGUCCAACUUCACGUUGCAAGUAGAAAUGAUGAAGCCUGCGAAGCCUCCACCCAGUAUGGAUCCAAGUCCAGUCACCCCAAUCUCCGCCAAUCUCCCCAGCCCGAGUAUGCCAAACGGUUUCAAUCGAUCCUGGAGCAGCUUGGGUAAGGGCCCGCGGUCUCAUAUAGCCAAUAACAGCAGCGUGUCUACUAUCGACGAGUCGGUGGUUGCAUUGGACCGGCGCAGAGCGCAAGAAGAAAUGGAAAUGCUGUACGCCGCUGUUAUGGAACACGAUGAGCGGAGGGCAGCUGAGAAGGAGGCUACCCGGGAAGAGAGUGAAAUUCAUUCUCCGGAUAGUGCUCAAACGAACCCGUUCACGGACCGUUCAUCGAGACUGUCAGAAGCCCCACCACCACCUCCUCCCCCUCAAGCGAAGAUGCCAACGAGCCCGAGGGCCAGUUCUCGCCUGUCCAGACUCUCGUCACUCUCUCUUUUCAAUAGCAACCCUCGCUCUGAGGCAAACACCGGCAAGCCGCAUACUCCCCGUACUCCCCGUACCCCUCGCAUUCCUCUUCGGAAACUACCAAUCUCCUCACCGAUGGCCUCUCCGGACGUGACGGCGUCCAGAUCGUAUGGAGAGGAUCAGCCUCCUCUGACACCGCGAUUUUACAACCCACCGCCUCCCCCAACACCGCCAGUGGCGACAAUCCAAAGCCCAAGCGAGAAGAGGGUGUCAAAAGGUUCGCGGGCGCCAGCCCCGGCGCCCUUGAGCAUGUCCGUGGCUGGCCACGGCUCAUCUUCCUUGCCCUUCCGUGAUGCCUACCCGCAGCAAAGUGCGCCUGCUACCAAGACCACCGUCCUGGAGCGCCCCUUGAAACCCAUGAAUGGUCCUCGGACUGGGAUGCCCACGCCAUACAGUCCGUAUAUGCCAUUUACACCAGUAACUCCGCUUACACCCAGUCGGAUGGUGACCAAACGGCAAAGGAAACGAGAAGCCAAGGAAAGCGGACUACGGGUUCUUAAUGAGGAUGAUGUAGUCCGGGAUAAUGAAGAUAUGUGGGGGUUAUAGCGAGUCAGGAUAUUUUGAUUGGUUUUUCGCUUUUGCCUUUAUUUUCUUGGCUUGGAUGUUUUCUUUUUUUCUUUUUUUCUUUUUCGUUCGAAGUCUCUUCCGAUGUUAUGGCAAAAAAAUCCAGUACGAUUAGAUAUGGCGAUAGGGGGGAUAUUUGUAGAGAGUCAUACCCAAACACAGAACUCAAAUGAAUGAAUAACAUGACAAGAUUAAUGUGAGGCACUGAUGGGGUCUCGUCUCCGCUCCGCUUUCAUUAUUCGCCCAGCCAAAGUCUUGACUGUCGUCAUCACGGUCCUUAACGCCGACUCUCCGACCCUCUCAGGACCUCUUCAUUCGAUACGAUCCUGAUGCCA